AUGGGCGAGGGCGACAACGACGCGCUCGACAACGACUCGAUCGUGGUCUGCGACGGGUGCUGCUGCUGCUACGACGGCCUGCUCUUCGGGGAUGGGUGCUUGGGGUGCAUGGCGAGCGAGACCAUGUGCUGCCUGGAGGUCGAGUACUGCUGCAAGUCAGGCGCGCCGACGCUCUGCUGCGUCUGCUGCGCGAUCCGCUGCGUGUCGCCCACCGUGUGCAUCAAGUCGCAGGGCCAGAUGUGCUGCCUUGCCGGGGCGGCCGCCAUCCCGUGCGACGAUGAGGUCCCUUGCCUGGUGGGCUCGUGCGGCAUCGUUUGCUACCCCACGAUCGCCAUCUGCAAGACGCUGGGCGAGAUCAAGGGCGGGGGCGGCGGGGAUGGACCCCCGGCCGAGCAGGUGGGCUGAGGCCAGUGAGGUGGAUCAUUGCAACCGCUCUGCCUGCUGAUGACACCAGCACGGCCAGUGCGGCCCGACAGCCACGAAUGGCUUCGGUGCUUUCAUGCACAAAGGCGAGCCCGGCUAUAAUUUGUGGUGAUGUUGAUGCGUAUGUUUGAGGGAGUACACAAAGAGCUGCGCAGAA